GCAAGUUUGUCAGGGUUAUGUGGUCAUUGGCAGUCUUUUGUUUUUGUCCUCAUCGAUGUAGAUUUACUUUUUGCAACCAAUCAGCAUCUAUCUUGUUUUGUGAGUCGUGCCUCAUAUUUGUCGGUUACCUAAAUCAUUAUGAGUCACUACAGAACAUUGUUGUGAUGUAAAACAUUACAUUUGGGGCUAGAAUACCGUUUGAAUCGGUGAAUGAGAUACACCUUUCGAAGGAUCAUGAGCUCAAAUGACACGAGAUAGUCGGCAGCUUCUUUGCGAAUAUGUUCAAAAUCAAGUUUGUUUUUCAUCGAUUUUCCUGUAAUUUUUCAUGUCUGACUCGUCGCGCUGCAUUCAGCUUCAUAUAGCACAUUUCGAACUUUGUGAGCCAUUUCGAUAAAUUUUGAUAUUUCAAUAGCUUUAGCACUACUAUUAUAACGCACCAUGGAUAUCGGUGCGCUUACACCAAGCGAGAUAACCAGCUGUUACAACGGCUUGUCCGUCAACGUAGAACAACGAGCGAUGCUGGAAAACUCACUCGCCAAACUACAGGCUGACAACAAGGCGAAGGAAAUGAAGUUCUUAGGCUGCAUCAUGGGCAUGGAUGGGGACUACUUCUUGGCUCAAACUGUUGGAGAAGAUGUACUCAGUGACCUGAAAUAUUUCUACAGCACCGACGGCUGCCACUGGAGCCUGCUGCAGGACUGCAACCCCAAGUUGGUGGCCGGUGCCAGCAAGGUGCGGGGCCGCUUCACCGGCGACCCGGCGCACGACUACGAGGGCGGUCCCGGCCACGGCGCCGGCCCGGCCGGCAGUCCGACCCGCUCCAGUCCGGACGAGGAGGCCGCCGCUCUCGGGCCCGUGGUGAAGGAGGAGGACCGACUGGCGUAUGUGGUCCACCAGCUGUUCCACGAGACCGCCAUUGUGCCGAGGAAGGCCCUGAUGUAUACCGCCUCCGGCACCGUCAUCAAAAAUCCGUCAUUCAAAGGUCUGAGCUCUGUGGAGGGGGACCAGCUCGAGUCUUACUUCCACCUGCGCGUCCCCGCCUCUGAUCCUAUGAGACGGACGGCCGCUGACGCAGAUCUCACCAUCGAUUUCCUGGAGCCUCUCUCACAGGACCCUUUCAAAGCCGCUUGGUCUGUGAACCGCUGCCGGGGCGGCCGUCUGGUAGUAAUCCGAAACCACACCUGGCCGGGGGCCGUGUUCUACCACCGUCUCGGCACCACCGACCACGGCUACUGCUACAUGGGCACCGGCCAGCAGAACCUGGACGUGCCGUUCAUGCUGCCGUCCUCGCGACCGCCGCCGCCGCCCGGACUCGUCAUUGAUGGAGACAUUGAGGACGACGAGGAAGAGGGCGGUGAGGAGGAAGGCGAAGAAGAGGAGGAAGAGGAGGGUGAACCGGAGGAAGAAGCAGACGAGGCUGCUAAAUUAGAAGAGGAGGACGUCACUGAAAAGCCGGAGGGAGACGCGGGCGCCGAGCCGGGCGCCGAGCCGGGCGCCGGUGAAACGCCCGAGGAGGGCGACGAGCGGGGUGCCGCCGGCGAGGGAGACGCCCCUGACGCAGAGGCCGCCCCCGGAGACGAGGCCAGUCCGACGGAGGAGGGCGACACGCCACCGGAGUAGGGCAGAGCUGGUGAUGGGGAAGAGGAGGAGAAGGACAAGGAGUGUCAGAGGUAAAGAGAGACAAAGAGAGUCACUAACCUCAUUGAAAGGCUAGUGACGUAUGUGGAAAGCUUGUGGAAAGCUUGAUAAUACGGUGCACGAGUAAGCGGAAUUUUCGAAAGAACGGUAGGAUUGUUUUAAAGGUCCGGCCAUGAACGAUGGCACGGCGAUGCGAUUGAAGUAUCAAGUGAUUCACUAGACAGUACUCUCAAACUACUGUUCCCUGUGUACGGGAAUACUAUGUCAGGCAGUUUGGCUAAUCUGUCAGGCUAAAGAUAAUUGUUGCAAUUUAUUAAUAUUUAAUGUGUGGUUAGGCGCUUUCGAACAGGUUAUGGCGAAAUCUGACAAUAAAACGGGCAGGAAAA